GACAACAAAAUUCCGUGUGAAAAAUGUCAAGUUUUUGCUGUGAGGCAUUUAGGUAACCAAGGGAACCACAGGUUGUUUUCACCAUAGGCGGGCGGUGCCCACAACGUUCUAUUUAAAACCGACUGGCACUAUACCAGAGAAGAAGAAGUAAACGGAAGUGAACAGUGACCAUGAACAAUUUACACGUUAGAGGUUUUAUUGUUGUUAUGAAUACGUUUAUUAACAUCAUGGAACCCAAAAUAUCACUAAUUUAACUGCACAGCAUCACAUACGUACCCCAUCUAGUAUUUAAUUUGCGUUGAAGACAGGACUUGGUUGAUGGAUGCUAUCUAUGUAACGCGAACUAGUUGCUAAGUAGCGUUACGCUAGCUAACAAUGGCUAACUGUAUGGUUUUUCACACACAAAUAGCAUCCAUCAUGGAGGUGCUAGCGAACGCAGCUGUGGUAGAGAUCUGUAAACUCGUAGAUGACGACUAUGCAGUGUUUCGUUUGGAAAUGACUCAAAGCCAGAAAGAAAACAGGUCAUUGCAAAGGAAACUACAACUACUGGAACUGAAGGUGGCACGGGAGCGCGCCGUUGCUAGUCCCAGUAGUGUCAAGAUCCUUGACCGACACAGAAGAAUGGCAAGAGAUGUAUUAUCCAGAAUUGGGUCUUGGUCAGUUGUUGGAUGGUGUGAAAUAAUUCCCCUGAUAAGUGAAAGAUAUCUCACUGGAGGCCACAAGAGCUUUGUGAAGCCAGCGGGACACAAUAAAUGCAGAGAUGACCAACCAAUCACUGUUGAUGAGGGGAGUGGAACCUCAAUCCAGAACGUUAUCGUGAUAGAGUCUACAGAGGCUGCAGGUCCUGGGGUCAAGCAGGAGAGGUCUGAAGGAAAGCAGGACCCAUGGCACAGUAGAGACAUCCAGAAUGGAGUGGCUGGAGCGCCCCCUGUAGCCACAGAAAACCCCACCACUACGCAGCCCAGGACCCGACACAGCAUCACGGAGGUCAGUGGAAUGCCGAGCGACGUCCUCAAGUCAGAGACAGAAACCAAGACUUUAACUGUAACACAAAUACAAUUACACAGAGGAUCUGACCACAGAUCAGACCCAGAGAGACUGGGCCUGGGGAGACUGGGCUGUCCUCCUGACUCAGAGUAUUUACCUGUAUUUCACCAGAGCCAGAGGACUGUUCAUUCCCAUGGUGAUGGUGACUCGUUAGACACUGGAGGUGAUGGUCCGUCUUGUUCUUACGCUACAGAGAUGGACCCUGACAACAUGCCCUUGGAUUUAGAGAGACAGACUAAUCUGUCUAGAGGGGACUGGAACCGGUACAGUAGUAGUGUAUACUCUGAAGGGUGCCUAGAUGAGAAAGGGGAGGUUAUAGUGGUAGAUGAAGUGACUGUGAAAGUGGAGGGCGACGUUCCUCCCACAUGGAAUGCAGAUAGUCACCUUGGAGAUGGACUCACACAGGACAGAGAUUUCUUAGAUUACAGGGAAAGCUUAGAGACAAGUGCAAAUGUCGCUACCCACUCCCCUUUACAUACGUUCAGGGAUCGCAACCCAGUGUCCAGAUCGAUAGGGCCUACUGAUCCACACCGCCUCGUCCUUUUUGAUAAGGGAUUGAACUCAAAUUACAGAGCUAGAGACCAGGCUCGGGGUGGAGGAGCAACAUUAGGCAAAAGUAAAGAGAAACGUUUCCUCUGCAUGUUCUGUAACAAAGGCUUCAGCUGCCCCCAGAAGGUGGAGAUCCACCAGAGGGUCCACACAGGGGUGAAACCCUUCAGCUGUACCCAGUGCCCCAUGGCCUUCGCUCAAGCUGGUGACCUGAAGAGGCACCAGAGGGUCCACACAGGGGAGAAACCCUUCAGCUGUACCCAGUGUCACAUGGCCUUUGCUCAGGCUGGUCACCUGAAGAGACACCAGAGGGUCCACACAGGGGAGAAAUAAUACAGCUGACCCCGUUGUCAGAAGAGAUUCUUACGCCAGCUGAAGAUGCACCUGAAGGUCCACAGGGGAGAAAGGCCAUUCGCCUGUACUCACUGCGGGGAGAGGUUCUCCGAGAGGAGCUACCUCAGGAUACACCAGCAGAAAAAACAUUCCACUCUAUAACUUAGAAAGCAACCAUUCCACUCAAUAGCUUCUGACGGUUGUAUCAAACCCUGCAUUAAAGACAAAGAUGAACUGUCAUUGUUUUCGUCACGAAAAAUAUCCACAGACGCAUUUGGUAUUACGAGAGUUACAGAUUUCAGUGUAGAAUAUUGCAUCCAGACAUUGUGUGAUAUAUAUAUAGGGCUGGGAGAUUCAAAUUCCUGUUUUAAGAGGUUUAAGAGGUUCAAAUGCAUGUAUCGCAAAAAUUUAGUUUUUAUUUUAGAUAUUUUUUUGCGUUCUACAGUGCCUUCAGAAAGUAUUCAUACCCAUUAACUUAUUCCAUAUUUUGUUACAGCCUGAAAUAAAAUAAUAAAUCUCGACCAUCUACACAACACCCCAUAAUGAAAAAGUGAAAACAUGUUUUUAGACAUUUUUGCAAAUACAGAUAUCAAAUUUACAACAUUACUUGUUAAGCACAUUUUUACUCCUGAACUUAUUUAGGCUUGCCAUAACAAAGAGGUUGAAUACUUAUUGACUCAAGACAUUUCAGCUAUUCAUUUUUAAUACAUUUGUAAACAUUUCUAAAAACAAUUUCACUUUGACAUUAUGGGGUAUUGUGUGUAGGCCAGUGACACACAGUCUUAACGUUCAGGCUGUAACACAACAAAAGGUGGAAAAAGUCAAGCGGUGUGAAUACUUUCUGAAGGCACUGUCUUUUUGUUCUCGUGUCCUUCGCUCCUUCUGGCUGUGUGCACUGUGCACCUUCCCACUCCUACACAGACACCAAGCCCCUCCGAUGCCACUCACAACAACGAUGAUAGAUAACUUAACCUUUCUGACUAUACCCAUUUUUUUUCUCUCAAAAUUGUAGACAGAGCAGAUCCUACUAAAACGAGAGUAUCAAUGAACAUGAUUGUGGAAAAUUCAGUUCUGUCGUGUGCUCGGCAUUGUGUUACCAUGUACUGCUAGCAGUAUUUUAGCCACAGUGUGUUUUAUAAAUGUGCAAUGAGCAUUAAAAAAGGAAUUGGCAAUUUGUUCUCAUUCUGAGAAAUAAGCAUCUUCUUAUGCAGGUAACCCACUUGAUUUCAACAUCUAAUCAAAGUGAACAGGCUGUUGUUCAAACAGUUGGAGAUGGACAGGAGGGUGCCAUCACAACAGUUCAACCUUGGUAGCAAGCAAAUAGAUCCCAGUUAACCAAUAAACUUGGAUUUGAAGUUGGCUAGACUUUAAAUCUAAAUAUUAGCUGGCUACUCACUAGCACGUGGGCUUGUGCUUGAGAGAUUGUUUAUGAGACCUGUGUUCAUUUUCUAUAAUGCCUGCUACAAGAGACUAGUCAUUAUUAGUGAAUGUGGAUAGUUCUGGUAAAAGGUUAUCAAAAAUGGCAUUUUCAUGGACUUGAAAGCUAGAUCAGUGAUUAUUGCAACAACAAAAAAAGCAGUUUAAACUAUUUUAAUAAACUAAUUACAUUAUUAGUGGGUCUUAUGGUUGUGGAAGGCAUGUAAUUUAGCCUACAGUAGGUAUAAUUUUACAAGCCCUGAUUUAUUUAUGACUGUUUGAAAUUAAUUGUAUUAAACGUUAAUUGUGCAACAAAGAUUAUUUAAAGAGAACUUUAGAAAAUUGAGAUCAAUGAACCAAAGGUUUGAAAGAUUCGAGCUGGUUUUUAAGCCAUAUUGCCCAGCCCUAGGCAUAUAUAAGCCUAAAAAGUAUGUUAUGUAUUGUGUUUGUACUGUGUGUUCACAAAUGCCUAUUUCAUUACUUCCAUUCAACUACUUAAUUUCUUUCCCAAGAAACUUUUAAUUAGGAAAUGAAUGGAGUUUAUCAUGCAGAUUUCUAGUUGAGACGUGUGUAUGUGUGGUUUUCAUAUGGUGUAUUUAAAACUUGUGUGUUUUAAUAAACACAAAAUGGGACUUUU